AUGGGAUAUACCGAGAGAGAUUGGCUCGCCAUUAACACCAUCCGUGUUCUUGCUGCCGAUGCCACCUUCGCAUCUAACUCGGGCCACCCUGGCGCGCCCAUGGGUAUGGCGCCGGCUGCCCACGUCCUAUUUAACAAGUUCAUGAAGUUCAACCCCAAGAACCCCAAGUGGUUGAACCGUGAUCGAUUCGUCCUCUCCAACGGCCACGCAUGCAUGCUCCACUAUGCUCUCCUUCACCUUUUUGGAUAUGACGUGUCCAUGGACGAUAUCAAGAACUUCCGAAAAGUUGACAGCAUCACUCCCGGACAUCCCGAGGCGCAUCACACCCCGGGUAUCGAGGUCACCACUGGUCCUCUAGGCCAGGGUAUCUCCAACGCUGUUGGUCUUGCUAUUGCUCAGGCCCAGACAGCCGCUACUUUCAACAAAGAUGGCUUCCCUCUUGUCGACAAUUACACCUACUGCUUCCUGGGCGAUGGUUGCUUGAUGGAGGGUGUCUCUGCCGAGGCUAGCUCUUUGGCUGGUCACUUGCAACUAGGCAACUUGAUUGCUAUCUACGACGACAACCAGAUUACCAUCGACGGUGACACCGCCUGUGCCUUCACCGAAGAUGUUGUUAAGCGAUACGAAUCGUACGGCUGGCACGUCGAGGUUGUCCUUGACGGUGACAACAACCUUGACGAGAUUGAGAAGGCUAUCCAAAAGUGCAAGGACGUCAAGGACAAGCCUUCAUUGAUCAAGCUCAAGACUACCAUCGGUUACGGUUCUAAGCAGCAGGGUACCCACGGAGUUCACGGCUCCCCGCUGAAGGCUGACGACAUCAAGCAGCUCAAGGAGAAGUUUGGCUUCAACCCUGAACAGUCCUUCAUCGUACCCCAGGAAGUGUAUGAAGAUUAUGGCAAGAAGGCUGCCGAGGGUGCCGCUCUUGAAGAGGAGUGGAACAAGCUGUUCGCUAGCUACGCUAACAAGUACCCUGCCGAGUAUGCCGACCUCGCCCGUCGUCUAAAGGGCGACCUUCCCGAAGGCUGGGAGAAGAACCUCCCCGUAUAUACCCCGCAGGACGCCGCCCAGGCAUCCCGAAAGCUUUCCGAAAUUGUUCUUUCCAAGAUCGAAGCUGCUAUUCCCGAGCUCAUUGGUGGUUCCGCCGAUUUGACGGGAUCCAACCUGACACGAUGGAAGGAUGCUGUUGACUUCCAGCCGCCCUCAACUGGGUUGGGUAAUUACGCUGGCCGAUACAUCCGAUAUGGUGUCCGUGAGCACGGUAUGGGUGCUAUCAUGAACGGUCUCGCCGCCUAUGGCACCCUCAUCCCCUACGGAGGUACUUUCUUAAACUUUGUCUCAUACGCCGCCGGUGCUGUGCGUCUAUCUUCGUUAUCGCGGUUCCGAACGAUCUGGGUCGCCACCCACGACUCUAUUGGUCUUGGUGAGGAUGGUCCUACUCACCAGCCGAUCGAGACCCUCGCCCACUUCCGCGCCCUGCCCAACAUGAUGGUCUGGCGACCGGCAGACGGUAACGAGACAAGCAGUGCUUACUACAUUGCCUUGAUUUCCAAGCACACUCCUAGCAUUAUCGCUCUAUCGCGACAGAACCUACCCCAACUCGAGGGCUCAAGCAUCGAGAAGGCGAACAAGGGUGGCUACGUCCUACACGACGUUGAGGGUGCCGAUAUCACCCUGGUUUCGACCGGGUCCGAAGUCUGCAUCUGCGUUGACGCCGUUAAGUACCUCCAGGAGAAGCACGGCCUCAAGGCACGUGUCGUUUCCAUUCCUUGCUUCGAGCUCUUCGACUUGCAGUCCAAGGAAUACAGACUGAGCGUUCUCCCUGACGGUAUCCCGUCCCUAUCCGUAGAAGUCAUGAGCACAAUGGGUUGGGAGAGAUAUACCCACGAGCAGUUCGGCCUCAACCGAUUCGGUGCUUCCGGCGCCUACAAGGACAUCUACAAGAAGUUCGAGUUCACCCCUGAAGGUAUAGCCAAGAGGGCUAUUGCUACUGUCGAGUUCUGGAAGGGCGUUCCCAACAUCCGCUCUCCGAUCAACCGCGCAUUCCAGCAGCUCAUUUAA